CAAGCGAAUAAGAGUAGUCGCAGACGCCAGAAAUCCACAUGUAGUUUAAAAAUAUCAUGAAACUGCGCUUUCAUGCAACAUGUCGGAGUUUAGUCCCGAGCUUAUUGAUUACUUAGAUGGUAAGAUCUCAUUUGAAGAAUUUGAAAAACGAAGGGAGGAGCGGAAAGCACAGGAGAAGGAAAGCAAGAAGGCGACACAGGAGGUUGGUGGUGCUGAAGAUGCAACAGGCGAGGCAGAGGAUGCUUUCCCAAGCACAUCCACUGGCAUUGGUAAAUCAACACGGAAGCCGCGGGCGGGUGACACUGAAGAGGGCAUCAGUCCCUCUGUACACCAGGCCUUCGCCUCCAUGCUAGGAGAAGGGGGUGGCAAUGAGGACGAUGACGACGAUGAUGAUGAUGACGAGGAGGAAGACGAAGAGGAGGAGGAUGGCGGUGACGAUGAAGCCUUUGACUUGAAUAAACACAAGGAUGAUUUGAAGGAAGAGGAGGAAGAAGGGGAGGGCGGUGGUGACGACGAGGUCAUGACUGCAGGGGACGUGUUUGCCCUGGAGAUGGAGCUCAACCGGGAGAAUAAGAAGAUGAUGAGGGAGAAGCGUACCCGCAGCAAGCUGCCCCGGGCCCUGAGGGGGCUCAUGGGAGAGGCCAACAUCCGCUACGCCCGCGGGGACAAGGAGGACGCCAUCCUCAUGUGCAUGGAGAUCAUUCGGCAAGCGCCCCUGGCCUAUGAGCCCUUCUCCACGCUGGCCAUGAUCUACGAGGACCAGGGGGACAUGGAGAAGGCCCUGCAGUUCGGGCUGAUCGCCGCCCACCUCAACCCCAGGGACUGCGAAGAGUGGGUCAAGCUGGCCGACAUGUCCCUGGAGCAGGACAACAUCAAGCAGGCCAUCAUCUGCUACUCCAAAGCGGUGCAGCAUGAGCCCACCAACGUGCGCUUCCUGUGGGAGCGCUCCAGCCUGUACGAGCAGGUGGGCGAGCACAAGCAGGCCAUGGACGGCUACCGCCGCAUCCUCAACCUGCUGCCCCCCCAGGACGGAGAGCACUUCAUGCAGCUCUCACGCGACAUGGCCAAGAGCUACUAUGAGAGCAGUGAGCUGCUGUCUGCCAUUGGGGUCAUGGAGGAGGCCCUGAAGCGCCACCCCGAGCUGGUCACCCACGAGUGUGUCAACAUGGCCGCCGAACUCUACAUCGCCAACCACCAGCACAUGAAGGCACUGCAGGCAUUGGUGAAGUUUUGUGGGAUUGAGCUGAAGAGAGAGGAGACGAAUGCGGACACGGGGGAGCAGGAGGAAGAAAAGGUGGAGAAAGAGGAGGAGGAGGAGGGCCAGGAGAAAGACAAGGACAAGGAGACGGAUGAAAAGGAAGAACCACUGG